AUAGAGUUGUUAGACCUUGACGGCGUGCUUGUUCAUAUCGCGUGACACUGGUAAUGAAGAAACACAAAGUUAGAGCUGGUGAUGUUGGAGCUAUUCAGGCAUCUGAAUCCUUUGCGGUAAUUUCAGAGGACAAGAAACCUACUUUGGAUUGCAGCCAAUGGCCAUUACUGUUAAAAAAUGUUCAUCUUAUGAAUGUACGCGAGUGCCAUUUUGAGGCCGAUACAACAGGUUACUCUCCUUUACACAGACCUCUGGAUGAAUACAUCAAGAGUGGAGUUAUCAACCUCGACAAGCCAUGCAACCCAUCGUCGCAUGAAGUUGUUGCGUGGGUGAAACGGGCCCUUGGAGUCAACAAGACUGGUCAUAGUGGCACUUUAGAUCCCAAAGUUUCAGGCUGUCUUAUUGUCUGUAUCGACCGUGCUACUAGGCUAGUGAAGUCUCAGCAAAGUGCUGGUAAGGAGUAUGUGUGUAUAUUUAGACUUCACGAGUCCGUGGACGAGAUCAAAAAAAUACAAAAAGCUGUAGAAGGGCUAACUGGGGCAUUAUUCCAGAGACCCCCACUAGUUGCUGCUGUUAAGCGCCAACUCAGAGUUCGUACAAUAUACGAGUGUAAACUGUUAGAGUAUGAAAAAAGUAAAAAUUUGGGGUUAAUAAUGGUGCGUUGUGAGGCUGGAACGUAUGUUCGGACGCUUUGCGUGCAUUUGGGUUUGCUUCUAGGUUGUGGAGGUGUUAUGGAGGAACUUAGGCGGUCGAAAACUGGUUUUAUGUCUGAAAGGGACAACCUGGUCACUAUGCAUGACAUACUAGAUGCCAAGUGGCUUUAUGACAAUAGGCGAGAUGAGACAUAUUUGCGUCGUGUUAUAAUGCCUCUUGAAAAGCUGCUAAUCAAGCACAAACGAAUUAUGCUUAAGGAUACUGCCGUGUGCGCUAUUUGCUUCGGUGCGAAACUUAUGUUGCCUGGCGUACUUCGUUACGACAACGACAUCAAUGUCAACGAUGAAAUAGUCCUAAUGACUACCAAAGGCGAAGCCGUAGCUCUUGCUGUCGCACUGAUGACUACUGCAACAAUCGCGACGUGUGACCAUGGAUUAGUCGCAAAACUGAAAAGAGUAAUAAUGGAGCGUGAUCUCUAUCCUCGACAGUGGGGUCGUGGUCCUGUUUCCAUGGAAAGGAAAAAACUUGUUGCCCAAGGUUUACUUAAAAAGUUUGCCAAAUCUGACGGUGUGGCAAAUAACCCGAACUCUGUCGGAUCCAAAACCAAAAUGGAAGUGAGUGUGGUUGGGGAAGCUGUAACACGGCGAAUUAAAGCACCAAAUCCUUCCGACUCAAGUGACGAUGAAAUGACAAGCAAAAAUUUGAACGAUCACGACGGCUUAUGGUUACUGUAGGAUUCUUUCCAACCUCUUUGUGAACUCUGGUGUGCGAUGGCCUUACUCGGUUUGAUUCUACUGGGACAAUGAACCAACACUGAACCCUUAUCACAAGUCAUCCAUCAGGCUGAGCGGAUUUAAAGCCAAACGGGAGAACACCGGAUAUUGAAUAGUAGAUGGAAAGUGUGGAAUGAGAUUGAGUGUCAACUCUGGAACAUAGUUGAGACGGUAUAGCUCGGCCAUUCAGAAGUGAUCAUUGCGACCCCUUCAUUUUUAUUUUGAGCAUAUCAUUUCAUCCGUAAGCUUGAUUGUUUUCUUCAAAGUUUCCCAGAAAAAUACCCCGAACCGUCUCAAUAAUAUUAGUUAGUUUUUAUAUAUUUAUAUAAUGAGAAAAACGUGCAUGACACUCGUGGAC